AGAGACGAGGGUAGUUGGAGAGCGAGACAGGGGAGAAGGCGAAUCGAGCCCUAUAUCCACCGUCACCCGGUAUAUUUAUCGCCGCCUCGUCGACGACGAGGGCGACGAGGACGGGGGCGACGGCGCCAACGCGCGUUUUCGGCAGCGCGCCUUCCCGUAAUGGAACGCUCGGCGUUAUCGGCGUCGUCGCCGUCGCUAUCGCCCCACGCCACCUCAGUACGCGGCCGUGCGGUGCUGCUGUGCGUCGACCGGUCGAUAGAGACACCGGCGAAGGUGCGACGUUUAUACGUUCGGUUCGAUGAGCCGUUCGCUCGUACUUUAUCAUAAUGCGAUACGUUGGCGUUAUCGUCGUCACGCUUCUUCCUGUUCCUCCACCACGUCGUCGUCUUCGGGCCGUCGCGGCCGCGCGUCGAUCAGCCUCGCGCUCGCCGCCGGGCGAGCCCGCCGUCAAGACUUGAGAACGUCGCCGUUAUUCGCGAGCGGCGCGUAAGACGUGCAGCGUCGCUCGAGAGCGACGAGCACCUGACCAUCGUUUCCUCGUCGCUUCGGAGACGCGACGUGUCGUCCGAUCGGUCGCAAUCGCGUCACACGAGGCAUCGAAGCUAUGUUAGUUUACAUUCGCUCGCACAUGCCGAAGCAAUCGUGAGGACGGUCCAAGAUUCCGAGCCAAGAGACGGCUGCUCUUGGCUCCUGUAAUCGCGAUCGCGGCCGAGUCUUCAUUCAGUCUCGGACCAGGUGCGAGUAUCCCCGACGUUAGUGAUCGACGACGCUCCGUCGACGCCGUUCUUUCGAUGCUUUUUCGCGCAUCGAGGAACAUGGAGCGCCAGCUGUCAUCGUAGCGCGCGGUGUUUCUUGGCGCCGAAGCAGUUCCGUACUCGAUCGCCGGAGCGAUCGCAAUGAAAUGAUUUAGCUUCGUUGUUCCCUAAAACAUUAUAUCCUCGCGUGUUACGAAGACUGCAUUAGCUUUUGAAGGAGAGAAAAGAAUAGAAGGAAGGUCUUUUCCAAAGACCCGGGAAAUUGUCCGAGGAAAGGAAGAGAGAAAAUUUCUCCACUCGAAGCGGAUCAACGUGCCGUAUAGCGUGACCCAGGAAACGAUCACGCUGCGGGGACACGCGCGGGACGUGGCGUUGGGUGGCGGGGCGCGUAUGUGUGUGAUCGCCCUCGGAGGGUAGCGAGCUCAUCGAAGGUAAACCGCCCCUGUCCGCUCCGCUACGCGGUGAGAUUAGGGGAGCCAGUCGCGGGGGGAGUCGUAACGUAUAACGCGCGAGCGUGUGCUCGUCGUGUACUCCCGGUGGUUCCCUUCUGAUGGUACAGCGAGCGGCAGUAGUGACUCACCGGCGACGGACGAACGCGGACGACGGCGCGGACAGGCGUCCACAACAGGAGCACCGUCGUCGUCGUCGUCGAUCCGUCGACUCGUCGAGGCAGGCGACAUGGGCCUCGCCGCGAUGAUCAUUCCCGUGCUCCUCGUCGCCGUGCUCUGCUGUCCGGGAUGCGGCCGCACCGCGCUUGCUCGCUUCCACGAGUACGGAGCCGCGGAGCGAAUCCCGGCGGAGAAGGAUGCCGCGCCGCACGGGCCGCAGAUCGACACCGCCGAAUUUUCCGGCGACCUCUACGGCACGUAUCCCGGCAUGGACUUCGGACCCAUGGGCCCGGUCCCCCGCUCGGUGAACGAGCCCACCCUGCGCAGCCUCUCGUCGGGCAGCGACGCCGCGCAACAUCCUGAGGGCUCGCAGCAGCUCGCCGCUCCCUCCGGUGCCUCUUCCUUGGAUCAAGGCGUUGAGCAGUCGCCGAAGCCCGAGUACCACAUUAUCAGCGUCGAAUUUCCGCGCGUCGAGACGCCGUUCGUCAUCGGGAUAUGGAUCUUCUUCGCGAGUCUCGCGAAAAUCGGCUUCCACAUGGCGCCGAAGUUCAGCAAGAUCUUCCCGGAGUCCUGCUUGCUGAUCACCGUCGGCGUAAUCGUCGGCCUCCUGCUGUUCCAGGCGAGCAGCGUCCACGUGUCGCCGCUGACCCCUGACACGUUCUUCUUGUACAUGCUGCCGCCCAUCAUCCUAGACGCCGGCUACUUCAUGCCCAAUCGGCUGUUCUUCGACCAUCUCGGAACGAUACUGCUGUUCGCCGUCCUUGGGACUAUAUUUAAUACGAUGUCGAUAGGUGCGUCACUAUGGUUAUUGGGCAAAAGUGGCAUGUUUGGCUGUGAAACGCCUAUUCUCGACAUGUUUCUAUUCUCGGCGUUGAUCAGCGCCGUCGAUCCCGUAGCAGUGUUGGCAGUCUUCGAGGAGAUCCAUGUAAAUGAGAUACUUUACAUCGUCGUAUUCGGAGAAAGUUUAUUGAACGAUGCUGUCACUGUCGUGCUCUAUCACAUGUUCGAGACGUACAGCGAGAUGGGCCCUUCCAGGAUUAUUUACACGGAUGUGCUAGCGGGUUUAGCCUCGUUCUUGGUGGUGGCGAUCGGCGGGGUAUUCAUAGGUAUAGUUUGGGGUUUCGCUACGGGCUUCGUGACCAGAUUUACUUAUCAAGUGCGCGUGAUUGAGCCGAUCUUCAUAUUCGUGAUGGCGUACUUGGCUUACCUCAGCGCGGAGAUCUUCCACUUAUCCGGUAUAUUGGCAAUAACCUUCUGCGGCAUUACUAUGAAAAAUUAUGUCGAGGCCAAUAUAUCACACAAGUCCCAUACGACAGUCAAGUAUACAAUGAAGAUGCUGUCGAGUAGCUCAGAGACAAUCAUUUUCAUGUUCCUUGGUGUCGCCACAGUGAACAAUACUCACAACUGGAACACAUGGUUCAUCGUCAUGACGAUACUCUUCUGCUCCAUUUAUCGAGUUGUGGGCGUGAUAGUGCUCACGGCGCUGGCAAACCAGUUUCGGUUGCACAAAUUGGACAAAGUGGAGAAGUUUGUGAUGUCCUAUGGCGGCUUACGCGGCGCCGUGGCAUUCGCUUUAGUGCUUCUCAUAGAUCCCAAACACGUAUCCCUACAGCCCAUGUUCGUCACCACCACUAUCGCCGUCAUCUAUUUCACCGUGUUUAUUCAGGGAAUCACCAUCAAACCCCUCGUCAGGAUUCUCAAUGUCAAGAGAGCUGAGAAGAGGAAGCCGACAAUGAACGAGAGAAUCCAUGAGAGGAUAAUGGAUCAUACGAUGGCAGGUAUCGAGGAUAUUCUGGGAAAACACGGCAACUACCACGUGCGAGAUAAAUUCAAACGAUUCGACACUAGAUUCAUCCGACCUUAUCUCGUGAGAAAUCAUUGUGGCGCUGAACCGAAAAUUUUAGAAACUUAUUCGAAACUGGCGAUGAAGGAUGCAUUGGAUUACAUAAGAAGAAAUGCCUCUACUAUUGGCAAUAUUAGCGGCACCGAGAGCAUGUCAGCGAUAUUUCGCAAUUACAGUAAUACCGGACAAUUUAACGGAAGUCCCAGCUGUAGCCAACUCGAGACUGGAUGGAAUAUCGAUCUUCAGGAACUCGAGUACAAUCCUUCCAAAAAAGACUUAACGGACGCGAGAAUUCAUCAUUUACUCGCCGAAGAGCUUUGUAAACCAUACAAAAGGCAUCGGCGUUUGAGCUACAGUCGACAUGCAGUAAAUGAUCGCGAUUUGUCAACACAAGUCAAUUACAAAAUGCACAUGAAUAUUCGACGGAUGAUGGGAGAACACAAGCAUCGCCAUAAACGCAGCAAAAAAUUGCUUAAAGAUGGCAAACAAAAUCAUGUCAGUUUCCCAGAAUUUCAACAAAAUGGCUCGACAAAAUUAUUUACACAAGAUUACAUCAAUGGCGUGCUGUACGAGUUAGAAGACGGAGAGACCUCAAAGCCUUCCAGCAAAGAGGAUUGGGAUUCGGCAAUCACGUUCACCGCACGAACGUCCGAUUCGCCCAAUGUAAACGCGGACAAUCAACACGCUACCACUGCUACGACGUCGAUGGAUACAAUAAAUACGGACGAAGGAGAUUUGAAAAUAGGACGCGACGGCGCAGAAGGUUACAGGGUAACCACCCCCACGGCCACGGAAACCAUGUUACCGUGGAAACGUGAGGACGAUUAUGAGUCAGGUCAUCCAAUCAAGCAGAACGAAUUUCCAGCUUGGUGCUCCAAUAAAGAAUACCUCGCCUAUAGCUCGCCUUCUGCCACUUUCUUAGGUGGGAUCGAACAGCCGAAAGUCCAAUCCGUGAUUGGCCUAUUUCGACGUGAGAGCGUGUGCACGCCCGACAGUAUCGAUUGCCAGGAGACCGUCGACGAGGCGGACGAGACGGACGAGUACACCCCCGCUAAAAUGGAUUCCCCCGUUAAAACCAAGGGCAACCCGAGGGUGCCCGCAAGACGAAGAGUGUCGAUGAUGGAGCUCGGCUCCGCCGAGCGGACGCUGUCGCUGGACAAGACAGCAACAGACGACGGUUCUCACUCUUUGCCAGAUUGUUGGAGCGCUCAGAGAAUGCGUCUUAACUCCUUCGCCUGUUCGUCCGCUCAGAUGCCGAGCUUGUCGACCGCUCUGAUCACCUCCUCCACGUCGGAAUCGUCGGAGGAUGUGGAGGACGAGGAGGAAGAGGAGAAGGCUUGACGCUUGGGGGUCGUCGCCGAGGAGCGACAGUCUGUCUAUGCGGACAUCGAUCGUCGACGGCGUCGACCCUUCCGACGACCGUCACGACAUUCGUUGCUCACCUCGCUCCUGCGACGCCCAAGUGCCCCCGUUUGAGAGGACCUGCCCUUGACAAGCCGCCUUUUGCAGGAGGAAACUUAUUGCGAGUCGCGGCCCGAAUCUCGUUGACGCGUCCUGCUUUGUAAUUGUUUAAAUCGCGAGAAGCGAUGAAUAAAUUUCAGAAAGGAUAAUGUGCAACGGGAGAUGAAAAAUGUUUUCGAUUUGGAUUUUGUACGAGAAGAAAUAUAUUUAUAAGGAAACGCGAAAACGCGCGCUGAUUAGAAAAAGUCUACGCGAGGAAGAAGAAAAGAGAAGAGAUAUUUUUCUAAAAGUUAAGUAAUAAGUUUCUCCGCUUUUAUAACACAAUAAAUCUUAUUAAAGGGAUCUUUUGCUUGCGUUAGAUACUCUGAUCGCUACGCGAAUUGGAAGGAAACGGAAUGAUAAGUACGAAGAUAGGGAAAUUUCAAUCACCAUUAUUUUUCCUGCAAAAAAUUAUUAUUCGCGAAAUCGAAGGCGCUUGUCGAGAGCAAAGGCUUAUUGCUAAAUCCGUAAGGACUAUCUUGGAAUCGUGGCCUUAAGGACUGUGGAAGUACUUGAACAAAAUUCAUAUUUGUCAGUGUUAUCGAUAAAUAUCUUGUGGAAAAGUCAUCGCGCCCCACCGCAAAUGACUUGUCUCAAGACUUACCACGAGUUCCUUCUCUCGGAGGUUGAUUCGACGAUGAACUCACUCUGCGAUUGCAUUGUCCGAUCAUCGCUGCUAUGUGCUUCGUGGUUAGAUUAUCAACUUGAAAUUAUAUGCGCAAAAUCGGACGAGAAUUGCAUUUGUUGCAAUCAUUUGAUUAAAAUAAAAGUGAACUAUACUGUUCGUUUAUGGACCAAGUUGUUAGUCUGAUCGCAGCUUCUAGCAUUAAGUGUGUCGCGUCCCGUUAUUACGGUUUUUGACGCAUGUACGCACGCAUGACACGCAGUACGCCGCGGUAUAAGUAAUAUUCUAUAGCGGCGCAUCUUCAGUCGUAUUUAGGAAAUUUCUUUUUUUAAGCGAACAAUUGCGCGAUAUUGAAUCAAUUACCAUUAUAUAGAACCAGCGCGAGUGAGAUGCAUAGCGUGUGCGCCGUUCUCCUUUCGAGUAUGGCCUUAAAAAAUUUUUCCUGUAAAAAAUGGAUACUCGCGUAUAAUAUGGUGCAUGUGGUGCGUAAUACACUGUUACGACACAUUGUUAACAUCGGCACCGCGGCACCACUCGGUCAAUAUUUAGCGAAAAAACAACAGCAUGUACAUACAAAUUUUCUUAGAAAAAAUAUGCUAGAAAAUUGCCGGCAUUCUCAUCGUCAUUUUCUCAAUAGCAUCCUCAUCCUUACUAUUUUUGUUAACAUUUAGUAUUAUUUCCUCGCUUUAGAAAGAGAAAGAAAAAAGAGGCACAAAAUGCGACAGAAAUAGAGUAUUUGGUAUUCUAGUUAUUAUUGUUAAACUUGUUACUCUAUCUCGCUAGUAAUGAUACUAGUUCUACUAAUUAAUAAUUAAUAAUACGAUUAUAUAGUCAUCGCUCAGCGUAGAACAGGAAGCGGAAACGCGUCCAGCUCUGCUCUACAUUUCAAAAGUCGAGGGGAACGUCGACAGAAAUCUUUGAGAUAAUUGAGAUAAUUGACUUUAUCAAAAUAUUGUCAAAAAUAUUACAUAAUAGAGUUAUAUAUAUUAAACGAGAUUGUCUCGCGAAUAAUGGAACCUUGUCAUCGAUUCUGAAAAAUUUCACAUGUGGAAAAUGAAAUCGCGAUAUUUCUUAUUUGUUUUUUGUAUCACUUAUAAUGAUAAACAGCAAUUUUAUUACCGUCAUAAUUAGCUUGGACUUUUAAUAAAACCGAGUCCCUUUUAAUCUUUGACUAUUACUCCAUGAUUCUUGGAGACAUUUUUAUACGCUUAUACUUUUGCCUAGACGAUAUUGCAAAGCACUUAAUUGAGUAUACAUAAUCUCUGAUAUUGAAUCACUUUCGCACAAGGAUGACAGGGUAAUAUAAGUUUGCUUUUUCAAAGGAAAAUAAAACAAAACAAAAAUGAAAAAUUUUUUCCGACGAUAGAUAGGAAUGAUUUUGCAUGAAUAUAUUGGGAGUUCCCCUCGCAUGGAAUAUUCCUUGCGGCCUUUAGUUACUUAGACCGGGUAAAAAACGUCAGACUAGUUUUUAGGUGCUAGUCUCAACGCUGUUGAUUUGUUAAAAGGAAAAUAAAUGUUUAUUUCUUAAA